AUGCCGGCUUCCCGCAGGUCGCGGCUUCUCUUCGCCGCCGCCGUUUCCAUCCCUCUCGCCUCGGCCGCACAGAUCGACUACAAGCUUUCGACGACGGAGCUCAAUCGCACGUCGUGGGAACGCCAGCCGUAUGUCGCGAACGGCUACAUCGGCCAGAGGAUCCCCGCCGAGGGAUUCGGGUACCGCGAAGUCGUUCCGAACAAUGCGUCUGCACACGACGGGACGCAGGGAUGGCCGCUCUUCACGCCGAGGCAGACGGCUGCCAUCGUCGCAGGUUUCUACGACCAGCAAAACGAGACUGCCGGCACCAACUUUGACCAGAAGGGCGGCGAGCAGCCGAUCUCGACCCUUCCGACCUUCGACUCGCUCUACCUGACCAUCAACAACCAGACCCACUCGACCCUCACGCCCGACUCGCAGAUCGCCAACUGGUCGCAGUCGAUGUCGAUCGACGACGGUAUCGUCCAGACCAUGCUCGACUGGACGCCCGACGGCAUGAACAAGAGCGUCUCGCUCGAGUACACCGUCCUCGCGCACCGCGUCUGGCCCAACGUCGCCGCGGUCCGCUUGAGUGUACAAGGCCUCACGCAGGACAUGCAGGUCGCUUUCACCGACGUCCUUGACGGCGUCGGCGCCUGGCGUACCGACCCCGUCUCGGCAGGACCCGUCCCGAACUACACGCAGAUCAUCCACUCGGCCGUCCGCCCGUACGGCAUUUCGAACGUCACGGCGUACGAAGUCUCGCUCAUGGACGCCUGGCCUCACUCGGCGGGCUGGACGAACGACACCGGCGCGAACUGCAUCACUCAGCAGGGCGUCUUGACCACCAACGCCUCGACCGCAUCGCAGUGCUACCGCGCGACUCGGGUCCCGCAGAACGGCCGCCUCGACGCGGUCAAGUACGUCGGCAUCGCCUCGUCCGACUCGUACCCCGGGUCGGAGCUCGCGACGGCGCUGCAGGCCGCCAAGCACGCCAACGCGACGGGAUGGGAUGCCAUGGUCAACCAGCACCAGCAGGCGUGGAAGCAGGUCUGGAACGAUGCGGACAUCGUCAUUAACGGCGACUCGGAGGAGUUCCGCGAGAUCCAGCUCGCGACUCGUGCCAGUCUCUUCCACAUCCUGACGAACCUUCGCAACGGCUCCGAGCCGACUGGCCGCGGCGACACCUCGAUGGGUCCCGCAGGCUUGACGUCCGACUCGUACGCCGGCCAGGUCUUUUGGGACUCCAUCACUUGGGUCGCCCCGUCGCUCUUCACGCUCCAACCCGACUACGGAGAGAACAUCAUCGACUACUACCACCGCCAGCUCGGCGCAGCCGAAGUGAACGCACGCGAGUUCAACCUCAGCGGCGCCUUGUUCCCGUGGACCAACGCUCGCUUCGGCAACUGCACCGGUGUCGGACCUUGCUAUGACUACGAGUACCACCUCAACCCCGACAUCGCUCUCGCCGCGUGGCAGUACUUUGCGGCGACGGGCAACAAGACUUGGUUGCAGGAGAAGGGAUACCCGCUCAUUCGGGGCGCGGCCGACAUGAUCGCGACGUUCGUCAAGUACAACGAGACGACUGGACAGUACUACACGACCAACAUGACCUCGCCGGACGAGUACUCGAACCACAAGAACAACUCGGCGAUGACCAACGGAGCCUUCGCCGUCACCCUUCAGCACGCACAAGAAGUCGGCAGCAUGCUCGGUUACGACUCGCCAUCGAACUGGACCGCCAUCCGCAAGAACAUCACGAUGCUCCAGGCGCCGAGCGGCAUCCUCCUCGAGUUCGACGGCUUCAACGGCACCACGGCCGUCAAGCAGGCCGACGUCGUCUUGCUCGAGUACCCGUACGAGUACCCUCGCAGCCCUUCGGCGGCCCUCCAGGACCUCGACUUCUACUCAAUCGCGACCUCGCCUAACGGUCCCGGAAUGACUUACUCGAUCUUCUCAAUCAUCGCCGCCGAACUCUCGCCCGUUGGAUGCGCCUCGUGGUCGUACUUCCUCCAGUCGUCGCAGCCGUAUGCUCGCGCGCCUUACUACCAGUUCUCGGAGCAGACCAGCGACGUCUACGCCGAGAACGGCGGCACGAACCCCGCCUACACGUUCUUGACCGGACAUGGCGGAUACCUCCAGACGCUCACGCACGGUUUCACCGGCUACCGCUUCCGCACCGACCGCCUCUACUUCGACCCGAUCCUCCCGCCGCAGUUCUCGCAGGGCUACACCCUCAAGGGCUUCAAGUGGCAGGGCGGCGUCUACGAGAUCCAGGUCGCACAGGACAACACGAAGAUCACCUGGAAGAGCGGCGGAAGCAGCCAGAACGUCACCGUAGAGAUCGCCAAGGGCAACUCGAAGGCCGGCAACCACACCCUGACUCCUGGCCAGUCGCUCACUGUCCCGACUCGCGCUACCUCGGGCGCGCUCGUCGACGGCAACAUCGCUCAGUGCCAGACCGUCCUCACGAACGACACCCGCUUCGGGCUCGAGAACAACACCAUCGUCCCCGGCGAGUAUGCGCUCUCCGCUAUCGACGGCGCUAACGCGACGACUUGGCAACCGCUCACGGCCAACAAGACGUCGAUGACGAUUGACCUUACCAGCGUCAAGACGAUCAAGGGCUUCCACAUGAACUGGGGACCUGAGCCUCCAACGACCUUCUCGAUCUCGAUCGCCAACUCGUCGUCCGACGUCGCAGCUGCCAUGUCCUCGCCUAUCGCGUCGGGCAACGUCAGCAUUUCGGCGCCGUUCAACGCUCAGUCUGCGAACCAGGUCGCCAUCCAGAUCGGCAACCUCACGGACGCCUCGCUCCCUCAGCCCGUCUUCGCUCGCUACGUCAGCCUGACCGUCGAGGGCAACCAGUCGCCCGGCGCCAAGUACGGCCCGACUGUCGCCGAGUUCGCCGUUCUCGGCGCGUGA